AAUAUUGACGGCAAAAUGGGCAUCUCUGUCGGCCUUCCCUCCGCAGGACACUUUUCACCUUCCACCGUGCACCCUAUCCCCAUGCCGAUGGCUAAUGGAGCUCGCCACUUUGAUGAUAGUAAAGAUGACGUUGAUAUAUUCGUUGAUUUCGAAAAUUGUCGUCCAUCGGAUGAGGAAUAUGACCUUUGGGUUGAAAUAAAUACUAAACUCUCCCAUACUGAUGAUAUACUUGAGAUAGUUCGAAAUUAUCCUGGAGCAGCCAAUCAAAUUCGUGCUGCCAUUGAACAUUAUACUGACGAAGCUGCCCAAGAGGCGGCCUGGCAGGCUCUUAUUCCACUUGUUCAUCAGCUUCGCAUCUGCUAUGACUUUGGUGUUUAUUUGGCUCAAACCGUUCCCCGACUUUUGCAUGCCCUCUGUUCGGACGAGCUGACUGUAUGGGAACAUCUUGAAACUCAACAGGCUCUUUUCAAGCAAUUUGCGGAAAUACUCGAUUUCAUUAUGCAGUUUGAUAACUUAAAAAGCCAGCCUCUUGUCCAUGUGGGUAUUGUAAUUUGCAGCCCAUGUAGAGAUAUGCAAUGUUGUCGUGACGCUGUCGUCUUUAUGGUCAAUUAA